AUACUCCGACGUAAACAACCAGCACAAUAAGUGUGGAAAACAUGGCUGUAGUCACUGAAGUAUAAUAUUUGUCAGUAAUUAGGAUAUUUUAGCAAACAUAAUCUAUCGGGUUAUACAACAGUUAGCUAUACAUUAAGAAUCAGAAGGUCUAAAAUAAGACCAUUUUCAUCUUCUGACUGCAAAGCUCGGCGGCAGAAUGAGCAAUAUUUACAUCCAAGAACCACCAUCAAAUGGAAAGGUCCUGUUGAAGACCACAGCAGGCGACAUUGACAUUGAGUUGUGGUCCAAGGAGGCUCCUAAAGCAUGCAGGAACUUUGUGCAACUGUGCAUGGAAGGUUACUAUGAUAGCACAAUGUUUCACAGAGUGGUGCGUGAGUUCAUUGUUCAGGGGGGAGAUCCCACUGGAACAGGGACAGGUGGAGAGUCCGUCUAUGGACGAGCAUUCAAGGAUGAAUUUCACUCCAGGUUGCGCUUCAAUCGGAGAGGUUUGGUGGCCAUGGCAAAUGCUGGCCCACAUGAUAAUGGCAGUCAGUUUUUCUUCACCUUGGGACGUGCAGAUGAACUCAACAAUAAACACACCAUAUUCGGCAAGGUCACCGGAGACACGGUCUACAAUAUGCUCAGAUUGGCAGAAGUUGAAUGUGACGAUGACGAAAGACCCUUGAAUCCCCACAAGAUAAAAAUUACUGAGGUGCUUCACUCUCCUUUUGAUGACAUUAUACCUCGGGAAACAAGGAAAUCCAAAAAGGAUAAAGAUAAAGAGGAGUCAAAGAAAUCACAGUCGAAAGCCACAAAGAACUUCAGUCUGUUAUCAUUUGGAGAGGAAGCUGAAGAGGAAGAGGAGAUGGCGAAUCAAGUGAGCCAGACACUUAAGGGAAAAAGCAAGAGCAGCCAUGACCUUCUGAAAGAUGAUCCCAGACUGAGCUCUGUUCCUGCUGUUGAUAAGAAAAAAAAGAAGCGUAUACCAGGAGAGACAGCUGAGACAGACGAUAAGGCCGAUGGUGAUGUUGAAGAUGACGUGGAUUCAGACGAAGAGUAUGACUCAGAUGAGAGGCAGAAGACGAGAGAAAUCAUCAGCAACAAGCUAAAGAAAUUAAAAAGCGAAGAGAAAGCGACAGAUGACGAAGAGCGAGGGAAAAAGCCCAGCCGCAGUGAUGAAUUUCGCAAAGAGGCGCGGCAGUUGAAGAAGGAUCUACAGGCCAUAAAGCAAAGGAAAGAAGACAGUUUAAAACCUGCAGUGGAGGAGGUUAAAGAAGUGGAAGAAAAGCCAAGCAAUGAGGCGGUGGCUGAGUAUAUGGAGGGACGGAAGAAGUACGAAGACCAGAGGAAACAAAAACUGAAGAAAGGCUCAGUCAGAGAACAACAGACACUGGAACUCCUCAAUCGUUUCAAGUCCAAGUUGUCUUCGGCCAUCACUACUGAUGCUCCAGAGGAGGACGUGGAGGAGCUGGCAGAGGACGAUGACAAAGGAUGGAUGGGCCACGUUCUGCAGUUUGAUGAGCAAAGCAGAAAAGUCAAAGAUGCCACCAUGCAAGACGAGGACACUUUCGAGAUCCACGACCCACGAAACCCGGUCAACAAGCGAAGGAGAGAGGAGAGCAAGAAGAUCAUGAAGGAGAAGAAGGCCAAGUGGUGAGGUCGAGGGUCAGGUCCUGCCCAAGACGACGAAAAAGUGUUCAUACAGCAUCCUCUCGUCCACAUUUCUACCACUUCAAACCCUACAUCUCCUGACUGGAACAUCUGGAUUGAGAAUGCUGACCUGAGUGCAUACGAUCCCUCUAAUCUGUGAUGGAAAGGCUUCUUCGCUUAAAACAGCUGCACCCGGACUGCGCUCAGUAAGAAAUAAGACUCUAGUCAAAGUAAUGAUUAAGGUGACUUGAUUUACGUGUGGUGGUGUUCGCUUGUUCAUGCCAUUUUUCUGCAGUUUAUGUUGUCUAGAGCUUUAAUGUAAGGAGUAACCUUUUCUGAAAAAAUAAAUAAAUAUCAUUUGUAAACAG